AUGUGUGUUGUUCAGGUUCUUGUACGAGAAAGUGGCUUACCCAAGACAGUACACACGAUCCGCGACUAUUCCCAUCUGCCUUUUGAACGAAACUUUGCCCAUAUCGACCAUGAGUGGUUGACUAAAGAUGAUCUCGCGGAAGGGUUCGCCACAUGGGCUGAGAAGUACAGGAUACAUAUAUGGACCCGCAGUGAGCUACAAUCCGGUACGUGGGACGACUCGCGCGCACAAUGGACCUUGAAGGUCAGACAGACCAUAGCGGGUUCCGAACUCAUCAAGAUCCUUACGUGCCGCCAUGUGGUGCUUGCCACUGGUGGACCGUGCAAUAAGCCACACAAGCCUUUUUAUCCUGGGGAAGAAAGAUUCGAGGGAGUUGUCCAGCAUUCGGUGAGUUAUCAUAACGCAUGGGACUGGAAAGGUCAGCGAGGUGUCGUGGUUGGAACGGCCAACACUGCCCAUGAUAUCGCUGAAGAUAUGCUUGACGCUGGAGUGGCAUCCGUGACUAUGAUCCAACGCAGUCGGACAUAUGUACUUCCUCAGGAGUACUUGACCAAAGUCUGGAAACAAAUUCUGAAUGACCAUACACCACUCGAGACAUCCGAUCGCACACUCUUCGCGGGGCCAUUAGCAGUAAGCCGCCUUAUCACCAUGGCUGCCUUGAACACCCAAGCAGAGGCUGAGCCUGAGCGGUUCGCAGCACUGGAGCGAGCUGGCUUCAACACGGAGCGCUACGGAGACCUCAUUUCGCUUCUCAGUGAGCGCUUCGGAGGUCAUUACAUGGAUACUGGCGCUUCUGCAAAGAUAGCGCAGGGCUUGAUCAAGGUCAAGUCUGACAACCGUCUCGUGUCGUACACUGAAAACGGUCUCAUAUUCGAGGAUGGAACCCACCUGCCAGCCGAUGUAGUUAUCUACGCCACCGGGUUUACAGGAAACCUCCGCGACUCGGUGCGAGAAUACUUUGGUGAAGAACUCUAUGCGCAGGUGGAGGAUUACUGGGGCAUUAACCAGGAAGGCGAGCUCAAAGGUGCUUAUGUACCUACCGGACAUCCCGGCCUGUGGUAUGUGGGUGGAGGAAUGGGCCAAGCUCGGUUUUAUGCUCGCUUUGUAGCGCUGCAAAUUCUGGCGCAUCUGCUUGGAAAUCCAUUGCCAGUAUACUCUGAAACACCAGUUGUUGAGGGAGAUUGA